AUGUCUUCAGUUGAGUGGCCGAUAUGCCACAGCAAGUUCACCGUCACUCCUGAAACAAUGGCCAAGGUCUUCUCACUACUCUAUCUCCUCUUUCAUUUCCUCAUCUUCCAAAACUUACUCUGUUAUGCUCAUUCGAAACGCUUGGCGUUCAGCCUCAAGUUCAUUCCUAGGUUCUCUCCAAAGUCGCCUCUGUACCCAGGCAACCUCACCUGGGAAGAAAAACUCAACAUGGCUGCCGAACUCUCCAUUUCUAGAGCUCACUACUUAUAUGCGCUCUCGAGCAAAAGAUCCUCUGAGGACCUGAAUAACAUCCACCUCAGAGUGCAUGAGGACAGCCACUAUUAUGCCGUGGAGCUUCAGCUUGGAACCCCGGCUGCCACUCAAGUGAUGUUGAUGGACACCAGAAGCGGCCUCAUGUGGACCCAGUGCCAGGCUUGCAAAUAUUGCUUCCGCCAAACAAUCCCCAUCUUCACCCCAAACUCGUUCAGUUCCUUCCAGAAACUCCCCUGUGAUCACUGGCUUUGCUGUUCACGCUUCCAGUGCAGACGGGGGCAAUGCAUUUAUUGGUAUAUGUAUGGUAAUGGGGCUAGCACCAAGGGUGUAAUCUUCACAGAGAUGUUCACGUUUCCUUAUGGCAUAGGGCGUGUUUUGAUUCUCCCAGGAAUCAUAUUCGGGUGCUCGUCAGAUAACAGAGGCUUCACAUUCGAGAACCAUAAUAUUUCGGGAAUCACGGGCUUGAGCUGA